CUCAAACUAGUUGGUAAUUUGGGUAACAUGGUUUCUAAAAUUGAAAACAUAGAGAAUCCAGUUCCAUUGCUGCAUGAACCAAACACUGACAUUCAAAAUAUAUUGCAAAACCAGUCUGUUUUAUUUGAACUAAUGGGCAAUGUAAUUGAAAAUCAAAAAAAAAUUAUGAACGAAAUAGCAAACCUCUCCAUUCAGAUUGAAGAGUCAAAUCGUAAUUAUAAAACCAAAGUAAAUUUAACCAAAGCUUCUGAUGCUGAUAACAAUUCCUUCAUUUUAAAACAAAUUAAAAGUGAAAAAGACCUAGAGGAUAUGGAGCUGCUACUUUCUGAUAAUGAACAAAAAUUGAAACUCAUCCGAUCAUGCUCAAUAAUUUGUUCGGGUGGUAAAGGUAAAGGAACAACUUGCGCAUACCGAUUUUUGGAUGUACUUUUCUCCAGAGAAUUUCUUUGCGAAUGUUCUUGGUCUGGAAGCACUCGCGGUGACGGUGUUAAAAUAAGCCUUAAAUGUUAUAAGAAAACUCUUAACUUUUUUUUCACUAUGAUCAAUCAGUGGGAUAAUGAAUUCACACAAGAAGAAAAUGAUAUAUUUUUCAAAAACAUUUUGAAAAAUGCUAAAAAGAGAAAAGGUGUAAAAUAUGACAGAAUUCCUACAAAGAGACAAAGGUCCAAAAAAACAUCUCGCAAUGAUGAGCGCAAGACCACAGAAGAUGAUUUUAAAGAGGAACAAACGGAAGAAAAAGAAGUAAAGGAAGAUAUCCGAAACAAUGGAUCAGAAGAGGAAGAAUCAUUGUUGUGCUAGUUCUUUUUUUCAUAAUAAUUAACCGAGCCAGCGAAGCCGUUGUAACUGGAGUAAACACUCGUAAAAAAAUAAAAACGAAUAUUCACAACUCUGUUUUAUUUUUCCUUGACGGGCCAAGAUACUAUUGUAACUACGUCGACUGCAUUGGCCGAAUGAAUACGAUAUUUCACAGGCCGAGGGGUUCGUUUUUGGUUUUCUACAGCAAAUGUAUCGCUAAAAUGUAGGUAUUACAAAGGGUGAAGAAGUAACUUUUGUUAUAAAUGGGCCUUUUGCUCACUUCAGUAUUUUGUUCUUAUUUUAAACUUAAAAGAAUGAUGGUACUAAGAGUCUAGCGUUGUGACCUAACGACAUCAUGUAUGUCAUUGCUAUUAAGAUUAAGAUGAAGCUCAUCUUCAUAGCAUGAACAAUAUUUCUAUGUAGAAAUUGUGGUGUCAUUGUAGAGGUAACUCGAUCGAGAUAUAAACAGACACCGACUGAACGCCCUCUAAUGAAGAUAAUCUUUAGUGAUGGGAUGAGUAGCGACAUUUAUUUAUUUAUUUAUUUAAACUUUAUGCACGUAAAAUGUACAAUUUACGAUCACAUCGACAACUUCUUGAUAAGACGAGAAAUGUUUUAUUUCUCGUCUUGUUAAAAUUGAGUGUAGAGAAUCUUUUCAAUUCCAUUUAGUAUAGAAAACACUCCUUUCGCUCUCUAUUCGGAAUGGUAUUCGAAAUAUUUAAAAUACCUCAUCAUGUUUGUACAAAUUUUGUUAUACAUAUAUUGGAUAAAACAAUUGACUAAAAACA